UGGGGAGGCAGCAGCGCGCAAGUGAUUCGCAGCGCAUCGCUCCUCUUCAGCCUCGUCUGCUGCAUUACUCUUUCCACUGAUCAGGAGCAUUGCUUUUUAAAAUACGUAACUGAGAAACUAUCUUAUGUCCUCAUGCAAAGAAUUCCAAGCUUAAUGUGGAUUCUAACUUGGCAUUUCUGGGUCUUGCGGGCAAAAGGCUACUCUUCAUGGAUAGCGGCGUAAAACCAUGUUCGUCGAUUUCAAUGGCAGUUUUCUCGUCGUUAACACGAGGUCGUACAUGGCAGAAGAGAGAGUUAAGGAACUUCGCAAUGACGGCAUGAUCUCGGGGACGGUGAACGCGCGCCUGCCGGCUGCGCAGACAACACCCGCGACUUUGCCAACUUCCAGCAUGGUGGAGAAUGACACGAGGUGCGGGGAGCAGAUCCUGAGCCACGGCAACAUGGAGAAAGUGCUCAUUGGGGUAAUACUCACCAUGCUUACCGUUCUCACCAUCUGUGGGAAUUUGCUGGUGGUUAUUUCGGUGUGUUUUGUCAAAAAGCUGCGGCAGCCAUCUAAUUAUCUGAUAGUCUCUUUAGCCGUGGCGGACCUCUCGGUGGCGCUGGCCGUGAUGCCCUUUGUCAGCAUUACCGACCUUAUUGGCGGACAGUGGAUUUUUGGCAAGUUCUUCUGCAACGUUUUCAUUGCCAUGGAUGUCAUGUGCUGCACUGCCUCCAUCCUGACGCUCUGUGUAAUAAGUAUAGACAGGUACCUUGGCAUAACAAAGCCCUUAACAUACCCAAUGAGACAGAGCGGCAGGUGUAUGGCCAAAAUAAUACUGUCUGUCUGGCUCUUGUCUGCCUCGAUCACUCUACCACCUUUAUUCGGCUGGGCGCAGAAUGUAAAUGAUAACAAAGUGUGUCUGAUCAGCCAGGACGUUGGCUACACCAUCUAUUCCACCGCCGUGGCUUUCUACAUCCCCAUGUCGGUGAUGCUGAUCAUGUACCACAGAAUAUAUAGGGCGGCCAAGGUGAGCGCAGCCAAACACAACAUCGCCGGAUUCCCUCGGCCGGAGGAAGAGGACAGUGUGGACUGCGUCUCGGCCGCCCUGAAGCUGCACAAGGAGGCGGAGGAAUGCGCAAGCUUCUCGCAGCUCCUGCGCGCCGACCGGAGGAACAUCUCGGUCUUCAAGAGGGAGCAGAAGGCUGCCACAACUUUGGGCAUCGUAGUGGGGGCGUUUAGCAUCUGCUGGCUUCCCUUCUUCGUGCUGUCCACCGCCCGUCCGUUUAUCUGCGGGGUGCGGUGCAGUUGCGUCCCCUUGUGGGUGGAACGUACGUUGCUGUGGUUGGGCUACGCCAACUCGCUGAUAAAUCCCUUCAUCUAUGCCUUCUUCAACCGCGACCUGAGGACCACCUACCGCAAUCUGCUCCGCUGCAGGUACAGAAACAUAAACCGCAAGCUGUCCGCCGCCAGCAUGCAGGAGGCCCUCAAGCUUGCCGAACGAAACGACUCCAUGCUUUAGGUCGUGCGUCUAACAAGCGGCUAAUCGAAGUGCAGAAACUGUUACGCUGUUCACACCUGUAAACUCAGCCAAUGGGAGAACUGAAUUGGCCUUAUAAAGAUGUAUCAUUUGUAACAGCGAAUUAGUAGCCAAUUAUAUUAUAUACUCACUAUUUUGGAUAUUUUUGGCGAUAUGGGAAAACGGAUUUGUAGAUAACUGCCGUGGUUAAUUACAUUGUGGAUUUUUUUGUUUUUAACGAAUAAAUCUAAUUCUCAGACGAAAAAAAAAACACUUUUAAUAUUAAAUAUCUUGUUAAAUUAUAUUAAACAACUUUACAUAUCCUAUUUGGUGGGUCAUUAAAGUUUCAUUUCCAAUAAGAAAUCAAUAAUAGAUUGCACAGAUAAAUGUAUCCCUACAAUUGAUUUGUAAAGCACCAGACAUUUUUAGAAAAUAUUCUUGCUAGCCUCUGUAAAGUAUGCAAUGAUAUCCAGAUACCAGAACAUCCUUUUAAAAAUUGGUAGAUAAAAUUAUGAAUAUGGUUUGUUAGCGUGCAAGUAUCCGAAACAGCAUAUCAACUAUAAUUUAACAUUGAGCUGUGGAAUUACUCUCUCAGGGGCAACUAGGAAAAGAAGGGAAAUAUUAUACCUUUUGCAAAGGACAUGUGUUAUUUACCAUAUUCAGUAUAUAUACCCUUAAAACUGUUGAGUAUAGAGUAGAAAUUGGGACAACAAUUUUGUCUCAGCUAGUUUGAUUCAUUUCCACUGGUCCUGAGGUUUUAAUAUUGAGUGUCUCCUCUGUCUGCUUCAAAAGCACAUAGUAUAAUUAUUACUGGGAUGUAUUCUACAAAAAAUAAUAGUUGUUAGAAAUCAUGAUGUAGUGUGCUGUAUAUUUGGAUAGAUCAUGAAUUUAAAUGGGUGUUUUAUGGUGUCCCUGGAAACUUCUUGUCGUUGAGUUGAAUUUUAUUCACGUUCUCAUUGGGAAGUAAUACUGAUAACAGUAAUAUCUGUGAUAACAAAAAGUACUGUUAUUAUUAUUGUGGAAAAAGGACAAGCAGCUCUCAAAACACUUUACGUUCAUGGUGUCAGGAUUUAUUGCCGUAAUUGCACAAGGUGGCAAUAAGCAUUUAUUUUAAGGCGCAGCUUAAGUGACUCUAAAAGAUAAGCAUGAAUGCUACGGUUUGUGCCACAAUUAUCUGUCAGUGUGUAUAGACACCAGAAUAGGUAUUUCGCUUGCCUGGCAUUCACGUUACAAACGUUUUAACGAAAUAAAC